AUGGAACCUACCGAGAAGCUCUGCAGGAAAACGCGGGGCCAGGAGACAGGUGACAAGCCCAGGACUGCUGCUCCGAAGACAGAGGGACCACCGAAGGAUUCUGCGCCACUUAUCCGAGGUAGCCAAGACAAGCGGUCCUCAGUCCCCAGGGCUAGCUUGGGAAAGAGGCCACUGUCAAAGACCUCUGGGGAGUUAAUCGCUGCUGACACCUGCAGAGUGCACAAAGCCCCCGCACCAGCUGCAUGUAGUCCCCAACCCCAGGAAGAAGGUUCUCUCCCAGAGAAAAAGGCAGAAGCAGUGAAGCCAGCCAUUUCUGCAGUGCCUGGCCAAGCCGCUGGUCCCCUCAACUCACGAGAGGGGGACCUGAAGAAAGAAUCCCUAGAAGUGACCUGUCAAUUUCGGAAAAAGACUCGAACCCUCUACCGCUCAGACCAGCUGGAAGAACUGGAGAGGAUUUUCCAGGAAGACCACUACCCUGACAGUGACAAACGCUAUGAGAUUGCCCAGAUGGUGGGGGUAACCCCCCAGCGAAUCAUGGUGUGGUUUCAGAACCGCAGGGCGAAGUGGAGAAAAGUGGAGAAACUGAAUGAGAAGGAAAGUAAGAAUGGUCCUGCCGCCCCCAGUGCUGACAGCAGCCAGCCCAGAUCUGCUCCUGAGCUCCUAGAUCCUAUGCCUACAGACCUAGAGCCUGGCCCUGUUCCUCCAGAGCACAUUCUGGAUACCUUUCCUGAGCCCCCCAUGCUGCUGACUUCUGACCAGACUCUGACCCACUCUCAGUACAAUGAGGGUGCAGAGAGGGUGGCAGUGACUCCACCACUCCUCAGUCCCCCACCUAUUCGAAGGACCAACCUUCCUCUUCCUCUGGGCCCUGUUCAAACUCCUCAAGUACUGCCUCCGCUGAGGGAUGUUCCUGGAAGUGACAGCAUAUACAAGGACAAGCCCUGUGUGUCCUGGGGCCCUAGUAUCGCCUCACCACCCACCUACUCAAAUUUGGAAGACCUGGGGCCUCAGGAUUACCAAGCAAGCAGCCAGUUGUGUUCAUUCCAGCUCUCCCAGGCUCCACAAUCACCCCUUUUCCCAUCCCUUCAGUCUCAGUUUCCAUAUCUGACCCCCUUCCCUUUCCCCAUCCCAAGUUCGCUGCCAUUUCUACCACCAGAAGACUCUCUGUUUUCACUUCCUUUUGGCUUCAGUGGGGACUCAUCACAGGAUUAUUGCCCAGGGCCCCCACCAGGUCAGAUCUUGAUGCAGCCACCUGCUGAAAACAUGGGUACAGGACCCUGGAGUGGCCAUUGUUUGCCAGACCCUCCCUUCCCUCAUCCACACUACCCACAGACUCUGGGACACCCCCUAGCGGCAGAGGGCUACUUUCCUGACCUGUUUCCAACUCCAUAUGCUCCAACUAUGAGCAAGCAGCCUUCAUUAGGUCUCAAUGGGCUUCUUGAAGGCACUAGACCAGAGACAGGGUCCUCACUAAGCAAAAUGCCAGAUGAGCAGAAUUCUUCUUCCUUUGAGCAGCCCACACCAGAGGAGGUUAGAGACAAAAAUAAGAAUAACCAGUCCACUGGAACUAAAGAGUAA